ACACGUUUUGGGUGUUCAUAUUUGUGAAAAGAGAAAAACGCAGGGUGGAGGAGGUGGUGGGAAGUAAAGAAGAAGCAAUAAGAAGUGCCACUUUGAUUUCAUUUGAUUCGAUUGGAGCCUAAGUCACUUUGCAUUUAGGAAUUAGGAGCAACGUUCUUAACACUAUUCUCUCUCUUACGUUUCACCUUCCUCGCUCGCUUUCGCCAUUUGAUUCCUGAGAUAGCGACGCCACAAGGCCCAUUGGAAUCAUCAUCAUCCCUUGAUUGUAUCUUCCAAAAAUUACAAAAAUUUUGAGAAUUGGGAUUUCAAAUUCGGGAUUCAUUGAAGCGGUGUGUUUUCAAUUUGGAUGUUGGGUUUUGGGAUUCAAGCCGAUCUUCAUUGAUGGGUUUUUGAAGGAAUCUGGGUAAGUUUUCGAUGUCCGAGAGCGAUCAGAACCGCCUUCUGGGGCUUCCACAAGAUGCGGAGCGCGAUGUGGAAGCUCAAGUAUCGGAACGCUCAGUCGUCGUUAAUGGAGGUGGUGGCAGCGGUGGCAGAGGAGGGUUCAGGGAUAUUCUUAGGCUGCCGGGUCACCGACACAGUUUCAAGCGUCUUGAGAAAGAUGUAGAUAGAGAUAGAGAUAGAGAUAGAGAUGGAGAUAGAAGGGAUCACCACAAUCUUCAUAAUCACCACUCUCAUUUGGAUCUUCAUGGUGAUGAAGAUGUCCUUACCGACAGUGCACCUCCAGAAUGGGCUUUGCUUCUCAUUGGUUGCCUCCUUGGCCUCGCCACCGGCCUCUUCGUUGCUGCUUUCAAUAAAGGAGUGCAUCUAAUACAUGAAUGGGCCUGGGCGGGUACUCCAAAUGAGGGUGCUGCUUGGCUUCGUUUGCAGAGACUGGCUGAUACAUGGCAUCGGAUCCUUUUGAUACCUGUCUUUGGAGGAGUCAUUGUUGGCAUGAUGCAUGGUUUACUUGAAAUACUGGACCAAAUAAAUCAGUCCACUUCCUCCCAAAGGCAAGGUUUUGAUUUGCUCUCUGGAGUAUUUCCCACAAUAAAGGCUCUCCAAGCUGCAGUCACUUUAGGUACUGGCUGUUCUUUGGGUCCUGAAGGUCCUAGUGUUGAUAUUGGAAAGUCAUGUGCCAAUGGAUUCUCAUUAAUGAUGGAAAAUAACAGAGAAAGAAGAAUAGCACUUAUUGCAGCUGGUGCGGCAGCUGGAAUUUCUUCAGGAUUCAAUGCUGCAGUUGCUGGUUGUUUCUUCGCCAUUGAAACAGUGCUGAGGCCUCUUCGUGCAGAAAACUCUCCCCCAUUUACAACUGCCAUGAUUAUAUUGGCUUCUGUUAUCUCCUCCACUGUAUCAAACGUUUUACUAGGAACCCACUCAGCUUUUACAGUGCCUGCAUAUGAUUUGAAAUCUGCUGCUGAGCUACCUUUAUACCUGAUAUUGGGAAUGCUGUGUGGUGUUGUAAGUGUGGCCAUGACUCGUUUGGUUGAUUGGUUCACUGAAUUGUUUGAGUUGAUCCAGGAAAAGUUUGGCCUUCCUUUUGUGGUCUGUCCUGCUUUAGGCGGUUUAGGAGCUGGGAUCAUUGCUCUUAAAUAUCCUGGAAUAUUGUAUUGGGGUUUCACAAAUGUGGAAGAAAUUCUCCAUACUGGAACUAGUGCUUCAGCUCCUGGAAUAUGGCUCCUGACUCAAUUGGCAGCUGCUAAGGUUAUUGCAACAACUCUUUGCAAGGGCUCUGGGCUAGUAGGUGGUCUCUAUGCGCCAAGUUUAAUGAUUGGUUCUGCAGUUGGUGCCGUAUUUGGAGGCGUUGCAGCAGAAGUUAUCAAUUCAGCAAUCCCUGGAAAUGCUGCUGUGGCCCAACCUCAGGCAUAUGCUCUUGUUGGAAUGGCUGCUACGUUAGCAUCUGUCUGUUCUGUCCCGUUGACUUCAGUUCUACUGCUGUUUGAACUGACCAAAGAUUAUAGAAUACUGCUUCCUCUCAUGGGGGCUGUUGGAUUGGCAAUAUGGGUUCCCUCUGUGACAAACCGGAAGAAGGAAAUUGACAACAAAUCUGAUACUAGAAACUCACCUAAAGGAUAUUCUCCAGUUUCACCUGCUGAUGAAAAUGAAGGUAACUGGAGACAGGCAAAUGCUGCUGAUGGUUUAGAACUCUCUGUUGUUGGUGAUGCUGCUGAUCAUGAAGCAAUUGACGAGGAACUUCAUCUCGAAAAUCUUAAGGUUUCUCAGGCCAUGUCUGACAGCUAUCUGAAGGUUUCAUCAUCUGCAACCCUGAAAGAUGCAAUCCAAUGCAUUCAUGAUGGCCACCAGAACUGUGUGCUAGUGGUCGAUCAAGAAGGUUUUCUGGAAGGAAUACUGACAUAUGGUGACAUCAGAAGGUGUCUUCCCGAGAAGUCUAGUGACACUUCUAUGAGGGAUUCAGGAUUUGUGGAUGCAAAUACAUGCUUAGUUUCCUCUGUUUGUACUCGGGGUAUGACCUAUCGUGGACGAGAGCGUGGACUUCUAACCUGUUAUCCCAAUACCAGUUUGGCUGUGGCCAAGGAGUUAAUGGAAGCCAAGGGCAUUAAGCAAUUACCAGUGGUUAAACGUGGUGGAGAUCGCAACAGGGAGAGGAAGCGGAGAAUUGCUGGUCUUCUUCACUAUGAUGCACUAUGGCAUUGUCUCAGGAAAGAGAUUAACCAUCGGAAGGAAGUGAAUCGAAAUAGGAGAGAAAACCAUUUGGCUGUGGAAACUGCAAACGGGCAUUAGCUUGGUUACCCUCACCAAAGAAACAGUGAGGAGGUAGCAUGGAUCUCCUUGAUUACCCUUUUGAAAGCCAAGUUAUGAGUGAAGACUGAUUAUAUAAGUUGAUGUAUAUUUUAGUGCCUCAAUCCAAUGGUGACAAGUUAAGCUGAGAUUCUUUUGCAUAAUUUAGCAAAGUGCAUCUUGUAAAGUAACUAUAAGAAAGAAGCAAAUGAAUAUCGAAUACAAUGAGAUUUGAAAAGCA